AUGGCUACUACAGCUCGACGAGCUUGUCGUUGGGAAGAAGAGAGAUCCGUUUCCAGGCGACACAAAUGUGAUCACGUGGAUGCGGAUUUAGGGUUUGGGAAUGGAAUCGAGGAGAAUCAAACCGAAUAUGGAAUGCAGUAUCCUGCAAAACAGGCUCCAAGGCAAGCGAUCAAUUUUCAGGAACGUCUUGCUCGCUCUCGAAACGCCACUUUUCUAUCUGAUGGUGACUUUGAUGGAACUACAAUCAAUCGUCAGGACUACGGGGUGAAAAAGGUUGCUCGAAACGCCCCAUUCAAGUUCGUGGACUCCGGGCAGCUGGAUUCUGGAGAAUUCCUCGCGGACACCACUCAUAAAACUGAUUUCCAGGGAAAAUCGGUGAAUCGUCAAAAUGCCCUCCGUCCAACCACAAAUGGGCUUCAAAGUGGAGAAUUCGAGGGUUACACGACGCAUAAAUCGGAUUUUGAUUACAAAGGAGAUCCUCGUACAGGAGUCAUCCGUGGACCUCAAGAUGCACAAUUAUUCUCUGGACCCUUCAAUUCUACGACUACAAAUCGAGCCGAUUUCGAUAAGAAACAGGUAAACUAUUUUUUUUUCUAA